AUGGCUUUUGCUGUUGAAGCACCACCAGAUGAUAGUCGUGAUAUCAGGGACCAUCCGGUUCCACUAUGGCGGCGCGUGGUCUCCCUCGUGCUGCUCACUCUGCUUCAUGCCAUGACAUUCGCAGAUCGGUUUGGAAUUUCUGGAGUUCUCUCCGACAUCAUCGACUUCUACGACAUCAGCGAUUCCACUGCCGGUCUCCUCAGUACGCUUUUCAUGGCAGCUACAAUCGUUGGAUCUCCACUAGCGGGGAUUCUUUGGAUUGGGGUAAUGCUGGCAGCUUCGUUUGUUCCAAAAAACAUGUUCUGGCUUUUCCUAACCAUCCGCUGCAUCGACGGCUUCUCCGACAAUAUUGUAUAUUCUUGUGCUCCAUCGUUGAUCUCGGAUUACUUUUUUAUUGGUAAAUAUCGCAACUACGCAUUUAUGUGUUUUUACUACGGGUUGAAUUUUGGAGGACAAUUCGGUGCCAUUUUUGCCUCAAUCAUCGCGGAAAAGGUUGAGUGGCAAUGGUCUUUGCGGUUUGUUCCUGCUCUCACGUUAAUACUCUGGGCGCUGGUUCUCCUCAUCGUCGUCGAGCCACCUCGAAUCAAGAGCGGAUCGACGAAAAAGCUGAGGGACGACGGAGCGUUGGGAGAUGUGAAGUAUCUACUUUCGAUUAAAACUUAUAUAUUUAUUGUGUUGGCGCGCGGAAUGGCCGCCAGUUCCGGUGGUGUUUCGGGCUGGUGGAACAAUGAUCUAGCUGAAAACACAAUGAAGUGGUAUAAAAACGAGUCGAUGGACAAGUUUUACAAAACCUUUGAUCAUAUGGAUUACAAAGAG